CCCUGAUUGGCCUAGCUUUGUCCAUCCAAUCAAUCGAUCGAGAACAAUAUUGUUAUUAUUAUUGUGAUUAUCAUCAGUGGUGUUGGCUGCGUGUUCCUCGUGCUUCUCCGGAUCCAUCAUCCCCUGAUCGCGGCGGCCAGAUCGCUCUCCAUUGUCCGGGCCACGCCCUAAUUGGCUCAGCUUCUACCCAUCACCUGCGAUUUUGAGCCAGCAUGCAUCCGGAUUAAACCCGUUAUUUAGUCAUCCGCCCGCUGGUUUUGGCUGUGUCGCUCCCGGACCAAUCCAGGAAGUAGAAGAUCCUAGAGAAAGAGAGUCGGUCUGGGCACUGGCUGAGUCAGGGUCUAUAGCGUAGAAGCGGGCCAGAUGCCUCGGGCGCGCCACCGGGCGGCCCAUCCCCUGGGUGGGGCCGUGCCCAAGAGCAAGAUGACCUCGUACGCUUUCUUUGUCCAGUUGUGUCGGGAAGAGCAUCGCCGCGUUCAUCCCGAUGAAGAAGUGUUGUUCGCGGAUUUUAGCCGGAAAUGCGCCGAGCGAUGGAAGACCAUGUCGGAAUUGGAGAAGAAGCGAUUCAAUCAAAUGGCCGAGGACGAUGCCAAGCGAUAUCACCUAGAGAUGACGGCCUAUGAAGCUGGACGUGAUGCGGCCGCUCGCCGCGGCCUCCAUCAGCGAAAUAAACGUCACGAAUUGGCCUUCAACAGCCAACCCCCGGCGGCCGCCCACCACGCCAAUCCCGCGCUCAAUCCGGACGGCACGCGCAAGCGCAAGAAGCGCAAAAAGAAAGAUCCCAACGCGCCCAAACGAGCCAUGU